AUCAGGAAAUGACAGAAAACCUGAAUACGGAACUGAAGCAGCAGCUCAGUGUCUCUUGCUCUGAAGUGGCAGCACAGAGAGGGAGCCCAGUGACGACGUGAAAGGCUGAGAUCUUAGAGCAAACACUCGCACUACUGGAGAUGUGGAAGUCUGUAGUAGGGCAUGAUGUAUCUGUUUCCGUGGAGACCCAGGGUGAUGACUGGGAUACAGACCCUGACUUUGUGAAUGACAUCUCUGAGAAGGAGCAACGGUGGGGAGCCAAGACCAUUGAGGGCUCUGGACGCACAGAGCAUAUCAACAUCCACCAGCUGAGGAACAAAGUGUCAGAGGAGCAUGAUAGUCUCAAGAAGAAGGAGAUGGAAUCAGGGCCCAAAGCAUCCCAUGGAUAUGGAGGUCGAUUUGGGGUGGAAAGAGACCGCAUGGACAAGAGUGCUGUGGGCCAUGAGUAUGUUGCUGAGGUAGAGAAGCACUCUUCUCAGACUGAUGCUGCCAAAGGCUUUGGGGGCAAAUAUGGAGUUGAGAAGGACAGGGCAGACAAGUCAGCAGUUGGCUUUGAUUACAAAGGCGAAGUGGAGAAGCAUGCAUCUCAGAAAGAUUACUCUCAUGGCUUUGGAGGCCGCUAUGGGAUAGAGAAGGACAAGAAGGACAAGGCCGCUGUGGGAUAUGACUACAAAGGAGAAACAGAGAAACACGAGUCUCAGAGAGAUUAUGCCAAGGGCUUUGGUGGUCAGUAUGGAAUCCAGAAGGACCGAGUGGAUAAGAGCGCUGUUGGCUUCAAUGAAAUGGAGGCUCCAACCACAGCUUAUAAAAAGACGACACCCAUUGAAGCUGCUUCUAGUGGUGCCCGUGGGUUGAAGGCAAAAUUUGAGUCUAUGGCUGAGGAGAAGAGGAAGCGGGAGGAAGAAGAAAAGGCACAGCAGAUAGCCAGGCAGCAACAGGAGAGAAAGGCCCUGAUAAAGAUGAGCCAUGAGGCCAAGCAGCCAGUGGACACUGUGGGAGAGCCAGAAGUGCCAGCCCCGGUGCCCAAGAAAAUCUCUUCAGAGGCCUGGCCUCCAGCAGGGAGCUGUCCAUCAUCAGAGCCUGGGCCUGUGAGAACCAGUAAGGAACACCCAGUGCCUGCCCCGCCCUUGAGGCAGAAUCCCCCAGAGGAAGAAGAGCCCCCAGCGUUGCCUCCCAGGACUCUGGAAGGCCUGCAGGUGGAAGAAGAGCCAGUGUAUGAAGCAGAGCCUGAGCCUGAGCCUGAAAAUGACUAUGAGGAUGUUGGAGAAAUGGAUAGACAGGAGCAGGAUGGUGAACCAGAUGGGGACUAUGAAGAUGUGCUUGAAAUUGAGAAUCCUUCUUGUCCCUCCACUCUGGCUGAAUCAUCUAGCCACCCAGCUGGGACUGGAGCAGGGAUCUCAGCUAUUGCCUUGUAUGAUUACCAAGGAGAGGGAAGUGACGAGAUUUCCUUUGAUCCUGAUGAUAUCAUCACUGACAUUGAGAUGGUGGACGAGGGCUGGUGGCGGGGACGUUGCCAUGGCCACUUUGGACUCUUUCCUGCAAACUAUGUCAAGCUCCUUCAGUAACUGGCCCUCCCUGUCUUCUGCACUGUGACUUCCCAUGGCCAAAAUGGUUCUGCCUCCACUCAUGCCCCAUUCCUCCUGCAAGAGUCAUGAGUUGCCUGAUAUUUUAGACAGACUUUCCUCUCCCUCUCCACUAGGGGUUGCGGCAGAGACAGUGUGAGGAAGGGGUCUCCUUCCACUCAGUGUCCUUGCUACCUGAGAUGGACUCAUGGAUGUUUAUCUUGUGGUCCUUCCUCCUUCCCCGUGAAUGCUUCCUCCAGUACCCCAAGUGUUUCCUUGCUCUGUUUGUGAGCUCUGAGCCUCCUGGUUUGCUUACAUGGGAAGGUACAUCUAAAUUGCCUGGUUUGCCUGGCUGUGCUAUUAACCCACUCUAUGUUUCUGCAGAGAUUUUUUUUUUUUAAAUCUUCUCUCUGUUCAGUCUUAAAUCAGAAAUAAAAUGGGACUAUGAUUCAUUUCUUU